UUCAGAAGGCAAUACGCCUAUAUGCUAGUAUUUCACGUCCCUUUGUGCCUCCUGCCAUCGUGUUCAAGUAUAUGAAAGAUAGCUCAGCGAAAUAUUGUCUACAUUCCCUUAAAACUUAUUUCGCAAUCCUGCCCUCGCCGAUGUGCUUAGAGUUUGUGCAAUUACUUCUAGAUGCUCCAAUAUUGAUACAGAAAUAUACGAUUCAAGUGGCUUUUGAUUGUUGUACUGCACAAAGUUUGACCAAAGUUAUCACAGAUAUAUGGGGCAGCACUAGCAAUAUGUCUACGAGAAGUAUCAUUUACGAGACAAUGUUAAAUAAAAUAGUAGACAAUGAAAAUCAAAUCCUCUUCGAAAUGCUUCUAAAAUUUACUAAAAGUUUAAAAGAAACCGAUGAAAAUGAACUGUUUGAUAUAUUAGUAUCCAAAAAGUUACCAGAUUACUUUCUCAAAGACUAUAUUGAAGCUGUGUGGGAAGCAGUUAGUUCCUUCGAAGAUAAAAAACCUAAUGUUGAACGUAAAGAGAAAGUGAUACGUCACAUUCAAGAAAUCCUACACGUUGUCAAGAAAAGUUUUGUAAAAAGUGUAAUUGAUGAACACUUGAAUAUGAUGAUAACGAAGAAUAACCUUAAGAUAACUUAUGCCCAGAAUGAGUUGUCACAACUUUGUAAAGACAAAUGGCAGCUUGUAGCCCGGUUUAUUAUGUUUAACACUCGUUCUGAAAGUUCACCAGACGAAUAUUGUGUGUUAAUAUCUCAUGAUGUUGUCACAAACAGCAUAGAUAAAUGGGAUAAAGUCAUUUAUGACGACUUUGUGUAUCAAAGGCUAAUCAAUGAUUUUUUCAGCUAUCUCGAGAAUGCCAGUUUUAAUCAUAAUCUCCAGCAUUAUGAAGAUGCGGUUCCGAUAUUCGAGGAUUUUCUGUCAUUGGUUGAAUCAUCGCUACCAUCUUAUGCUACUUAUAAAUUGAUAUGGGAUUUAAAACUGGCAAUAAUUAGUAGACGAGUAAUAAAGAACAAUAAGAGUACUUUCGAACAAACAAACAAACCGAGUGAUUAUCAUAGUGGGAUAAUUAAUACUUUUAUGGACUUUAGUCGAGAAUUGGGAAAAGCAAUUUCCAUGUACAUGAAUAAGCAAUCAUACUUUAUUUCAUUUUCGGAAAAUCUAAAGGAAAUGAUAGAAAAUAAUGUACAACACGUUAUACGUGUCCUUAAUCACUAUUUGAAGAUUUCGUAUAAUUUGCAUUUUUAUGGUCAGAAUUCAAUAAAAAUAGAACAUUAUAUUGACGAUAUCAAAAUAUCACUUGCGACUGGUUUGACGGAAUUGGAAUUUCCCGAAACUUUCUUGAUGGCAGUACUGUUGUUACCCCCAGAAAGUCCAAAAGACAGCUUCAUGUUUGUCAUCAAUAAACUUCAUAAAUGUCCCUAUCCAGAAGUACUAUUUGCGUUACAUUCAAGGUUUCAAAAAUUUUGCAACAUCUUAAGUGACGAUAACAAAGCCGAUAACACAGAUGAACAAUGUUAUUUGUUAGGUCCUGAUUUUUUUAAUUAAAGGUCAUAAAAACUUAAUUACAUCGAACAUUUUCUGAAACUGUCGAUAGAUGGCACUGACUGUGAUUAGAUCGCGAUGUACGACCAUUUUUACUCUUGUUAAAAUGCAAUAGUAGGUAUUGUUUUGUUGUCGUAAAUAUUAUAGAACUAAAUUGCCUUAUUCGAACCCCGCUUUCGUACUUACCUCUGGCUCUCGAUUUUCGUGGUAGGUACUCGUGCAUGCGUGUACUAGGUGCUGAACCUAUUCCUGAUAUAAGAUUAAUUUUUUAGCUUAGUACGAGGGGCUAACGGGACUUUUAGUAAUUUGUGCAACCCAUUAUUACUAAAAUUCUUUAAAGCCUUGUAAAUUAGGUGAUUAGGUACUGUUGUAAACACAAAACUACGUUUUGUAUGUUUUGUUGCUAUUUGUUAUGCAGUGUGUACUUAUGUAAUUAUAUUCAUUAAGAUUAUAUUAUAACUAACAAUAUAAUUAUUAUUAUGUACCUACAUAUUUAUAUGCAAUAAAUUAAUAAUUUGUGUUAUUUUGGUGUUUUAUACAGGUUGUCCCAAAAAGAGCCUUUAAUAUGGAGAUGAUAGUCUAAUGCAAGGCUUCUCAACCUUACUAUAUUUUUUAUUUUUCGGAACCUCAUAAUCACUUUAUACAUAUACAGGGUGUUAGGUAAAUGCUUAUAUGAGCCGACACUAGCCCAUGUUAACAUGGGCAUAUAAAUGGUAUGGUGAAGUCAGAAAAUUGAUAUCUUCAUUUUAAUUAUUUUAAUUUUCAUACAAAUCGGAUUUUAUAAAAUUUAUUUUGUAUGAAAAUUAAAAAAAAUUAAAUGAUAAUAACAAAUUUCUGACUUCACCAUACCAUUUAUAUGCCCAUGUUAACAUGGGUUAGUGUCGGCUCAUAUACCCAUUUACCUUUAUAAUAAGUAGUUUUAAAACAAGAUCUGUCACGACUUAGUCGAAAUCAACCACUUUGUUUCAUUCCAAACAAUGAAAAUGAAAAAUAUUUUUUUCCAGUCAAAGUAUCACUUUUAGAGAAAAACUUUUGAUGACAUUUGUUUUAUUCAUCAGAAUGACGUAACCUAUUUAUGAGUAACUUUUAAUAAUAGAAAUUGUGAAAAAAAUCGCUAUAUCCUUAAAUCGCAUUUUCGAUCCAUAGUGCGCACUGCGACUUGUCAAUGGUGUGAACACUAACUCGGUCGGUUACUUUCUCCUCUCUCCUCGAGUGUCGCCGCCCAUACUUAGCGGGCUAGCGCUUCGAGUGUACCUUCGUCUCGAAGAUUUAUAAUUUUAAUUAUUUUGACAUUUUUGACGUUUAAACGGUAAAAUAUAGCUGUCAGUCAUGUUUUUUGCAUUAAUUUUCAGAAAACUUAUCUAAAAUCUUUAAGUUUUUUGCCGAGAGCAUGGUUAGCUAGUGUUUAACAUUGCGUAAUUCCUUGAUUAAUUUGCCACUGAGAUGCGUAUUCCUAGAGCAUUAAAUCCACGACUAAAAAAACGAAUAUGGAGAAAGUUUGGAAUAUAUGAAAUUGUAGUUCCAGAAGAAACUACACCUAGUAGAACUGUUCCUGAUAGUAUAGAAUUUCCUGACUAUAUAUCAGGAAAACUUUUGAUUAUACCUAAAUCACCUGAAGUUAAAGAUGCAGAACAGCUUGAGGGAAUGCGCCAAAGUUGCAAAAUAGCGUCAAGUAUUCUUCACAAAAUGCAAACAUUUAUAAAGCCAUGCAUAACUACAGACAAAAUUGAUGAAUUGGUCCAUAGAUUAUCAAUAGAGGCUGGCGCCUACCCAUCCCCCUUACAUUACAAGGGCUUUCCAAAGAGUGUUUGCACGUCUGUAAACAAUGUAGCUGUGCACGGCAUACCAGAUCUAAGGGCUCUACAGGAUGGUGAUAUAGUAAAUGUGGAUAUAACUGUAUAUUAUAAAGGAUAUCAUGGAGAUUGUUCAAAAACAUUUCCUGUUGGCAAUGUGGAUGAUAGAGGUUUGCAGCUUAUUGGGGUUACUGAAGAAUGUUUACAACAUGCUAUCAAACACUGCGGACCAGAUGUGCCUUUUAGAGAAAUUGGAGCAAGAAUAUACAGGCGCGCCAAAAGAAACGGUCUUACAGUAUUGCCAGCAUUUGUUGGUCAUGGUAUUGGGAAGUACUUUCAUGGGCCACCAGAAAUUUAUCAUUCAAAAAAUCGUUAUCCUGGACUGAUGAAACCAGGAAUGACGUUUACGAUAGAGCCUGCUUUGUCGCAUGGCUCCGAAAACACUGUGAUACUAGAAGAUGGUUGGACCGUCAUCACCGAAGACGGAUCUCGUGCUGCUCAAGCUGAACACACGAUUCUUAUCACUGAGCAUGGAGCUGAAAUCCUUACUUAAAAUAUUUUGAGGCAGAAACAACAAAUGGGCAAUCAAAGUCGUAAUAUUUGUUUUCGCGCUUUGAAUUGCGUAACUAGAUUAUACAUAAAUGCAAUCCCAUGAGGCAGUAGAAUGUCCAUUAAUUAGCACACCCAUAUUUUUGUUUGUGCUGGUUAAUGGUAAAAACGCUCGUUGUUUGUUUCGUUUACUUGAUUUGUGAGUUUAUCUUCCUAAUGGAUUUGUUGUUGAAUUUGGUUGAAAUAAAAGUACAAACAUUA